AACUGGGAGGUUCCAAGGCCCUGGACACCUCACUGAUCCUACAGGGUCAGGGCUGCACUGAGAUAGUGUCCACUGAGCACAGUGUGGACUGUGACUCAAGGUCCCCAGCUCAGACAAGGCAGAACAAGAAGUGCACAGCAAAGAAAAGAAGGGCCUGCAAACCAGCCCAAGUCCUCCCCCCAGGCCCCCAGCAGAGCCCCCUUCCUCCUGCUCCAGGCUUCCUGCCUUGGGGAGAGAGCCAUCUCUGGUCUGAAGGACACGUGCAGGGCUGGAACCCAUGCCAAGGGGCCGCAUGCAGCUGCUCUAAGGACGUUUUUCCACUCACUGCUUCCGUUGCGUGUCCUGGUCCUUUCUGAGAACAGGGUGGGUGAGUCCCCACUGCAGCUCUCACACCCUGCAAGCCCCAGACAGUCAGCCAGCACCUGAAGGCAGCGUUUUUCUGUACAUUUUGGGACCUCGCUCCAGGUAGGAGGGCUGCAUAUCUCUCGGGCUGGAAACAAGCGUGCACAGUUAGUGCCGCCUCCUCCCCUGGUAGCUGCUCCCCUGUUGCCUUCGGGUCCCCCUGUCAGAGGACCCAUUCCAGGCUGGCAAGAUGGAAGGAGUGGGUGUGGGAUGCCCUCUUGACAGUGGUCCCGCUGAGACGCUGCGGGGCGCCAGCAGAGGGCGCACGCGUCCUGAGCAGCCCGCCUGAGGCUCACAGGUGCUGCCUGGAAUCUGGGGGAGCUGCCCGCCCAGGACGUCCCUGUGGGGACUCUUGUCAGUGAGUCUCCCUGACAGGGUCGCCUCCCCGGAACGUCUCCUUCAGGCCCUUGCAGCUCCCAGGUGAGUGAGUGUCGCCUCAGGCCGCUUUGCUCUCUUACUGACUCUCCCGACCUUCCCUUCCCGGGAAGCUGGUUCCCACCUGGAAUGCGGUUUGAAACCCCUGAGAGCCCCGCGAGCCUCACUCUAAGGUCAGGAUUCAGGAGGAGGAAGCCGGUGGCCUGAGGGCUGGGACGUUGUGCUGCAAGGCUCCUUGGGAUGUUAUGGCUGCAGGCUUAGUGGUCUCGGAGCAGCAAAAGGUCUGUUUCUCUGAGUAAAGAAACCGCGACCUCAUGUGUCAGCAGGGGUUGUGUUUGCCCAGGAUGUGCAUGUCCCCUGGCUUCCCGACAGUGUCCAGGGCACCAUCCUUCAUCCUUGGCUUCUUCCUCCUCCCCCUGUGGAAGCCCUUGUGGGAGGGUCCCGGUCGAGCCCCAGGAGGCAGGGACGGGCUGGCUUCUGCAGGACCAGGCUCUCGAUUGCUGCGGCCACCUGCCACGUUGAGGGACAAAGACUCUCAGGACCACAGUGAGCUCCUGCAGGUGACAGUUCCAAGGAGAGGCCGAGUCUGUGCCCGGCUCUGUGUUUUCCGGCUGCUGGGGGAGGGGGGGGCGGUUCCAGGGGCACUUGAGCCUCUGGUUCCUCGGGGCAGCCUCUCCUUCCUUCGCUGCCAGGGCCUCUGGCCUGAGCUGCCUCGGCGGUGGGAGGUGGGAGCUGUGAGACGUGUGGACAGGGAGGCGCUGGCCAGCGCCGAGCACCUGGCUCCUGAUGUCCCUGCCCCGCUCGCAGCUCAGGGCCCCUGAUGGUUCCAGCCCCUUGAGCGCCUGGCAUCCUCCCCUCCCUGUGACAGCCCCUGUCUCCAGUCCCUUCUGGAGCCUCCCUGGGGGGGCAGCUCCCUCGUCGUCGCCCUCUUCACCCUGGUACGAACUCAACUCCCCCCUUUUCCCAGGGAUUGGGCUUCCCAGCCCUCCCCGCUUUGGGGGACUUGGAUUUCCCAUUAACUUUUGUCACAGUCCAAACCAGUCUUUUGUGCCCGUCUUUCCUCAGUGUCUGAGUGGUGUGGCUUCUGGGGGUGGUGCAGGGCAGGGCGGGACCUUGGCACGGGAGGGCAGACAGAGGGCAGUGUAGCUGGGCACCCGGGGCUGUGGGGAGGGCAUCUUCGGAGAGUGCAGGGGGAACGCCUGUCAGACCAGCUUUGCGUGAGUCCUUCCAUCAGCCCUCCCAGCCUCUGGGAGAAGUCUCAGCCUUGCCUGUGUCCCCCACUCCCUUCUCGUCCCCGCUCUUUGCCUCUGAGCUCAGACACCCCCACUGGUGCCAGAACACCUUUGUGUCCCAGAGAGCGACUGGAUCGGGAGAGGCCUUGCUCUCUUUUGGCUUCUCCUCCUAGUCCUGGAGGGGCGGAGGGGGACUUAGUCUUUCAGGAGUGCAUCCUGUGUGCUGAGCCCGAGGGGGAAGCCAGGCCCAGAGGCUAAGCCAGCUGCCAGGGUCACACACAGCCAUGUGGCUGUACCUGGUGGUCCUCGUGGGCCUGUACUACCUCCUGCGCUGGCAGCGGGAGAGGCAGGUGGUGAGCCACCUGAGGGACAAGUAUGUCUUCAUCACGGGCUGUGACUCGGGCUUCGGGAACCUGCUGGCCAGGCAGCUGGACCUGCGGGGCUUGAGGGUCCUGGCUGCAUGUCUGACGGAGCAGGGGGCCCAGCAGCUGAGGAAGCAGACGUCAGACAGGCUGGAGACGGUGCUCCUGGACGUGACCAAGACAGAGAGCGUCGCUGCGGCCAAGGAGUGGGUGAAGGAGCGUGUGGGGGACAGAGGACUCUGGGGCCUGGUGAACAAUGCUGGCAUUUGCAUGCCCCUGGCUCCCAAUGAGUGGCUGACCAAGCAGGACUUCAUGGUGAUGCUGGAUGUGAACCUGUUGGGGAUGGUCGACGUGACCCUGCAGCUGCUGCCCCUCGUGAGGAAGACCAAGGGCCGUGUGGUCAACGUCUCCAGUGUCAUGGGCCGGGUGUCCCUCUUUGGCGGCGGCUACUGCCUGUCCAAGUACGGCGUUGAGGCCUUCUCAGACUCCCUCAGGAGGGAGCUCUCCUACUUUGGGGUGAAGGUGGCUGUGAUCGAGCCUGGCUUCUUCAUGACCAAUAUGACUGCCGCUGAGGUGUUUAAUGGAAACCUCCAGGCAGCAUGGCAGCAGGCCAGCCCAGAGGUCAAGGAUCUCUAUGGAGACGCAUUCGUGGCUAACUUCAUGAAGACAUAUGACCUAUUGAAGCCCCAAUGGUCUGGGAAUCUGUCUUUGGUGACCAACUGCAUGGAGCACGCCCUGACCUCCUGCCACCCCCGCACGCGAUACUCACCUGGCUGGGACGCCAAGUUCUUCUACCUCCCCAUGAGCUACUUGCCCACCUUCCUCAUGGAUCUCAUGAUGUGCUAUGGUGCCCCUAGGCCUGCUAAGGUCCUGUAACCCAAGACUGAGGUGCAUGGCAGGGGGAGCUGGGGACCGUGUGAGGCGGGGAUGCAUCAGUGGGAGGGAAACAGAGUGGAGAGAGGGCUUCUCCCAUCCCUGGGGACACCCAUGCCCCUCCUCCCCAGGCUCCUCUGGGGACAUUACUCAGGACUCUGGGAAUAUUAUGGAGAAGGGAACACGUUUUGUGGCUGAGUAACAGGGGCUGAUAGCAUAACCUGUGUCCUGUUCCUUGA